AUGCGUUCUUUCGCUCUCCUCGCCCUAGUCGGUCCUCUUGCCGUGAGCGCUGCUUCUGGAAGUGGCCGCUCUACUCGAUACUGGGACUGCUGCAAGCCUUCUUGCUCUUGGAGCGGCAAGGCUAAAGUCAAUGCUCCCGCUCUGACUUGUGACAACAAAGACAACCCCAUCACCAACACCAACUCUGUCAACGGCUGUGAGGGUGGCGGUUCUGCUUAUGCUUGCACCAACUACUCUCCUUGGGCCGUGAACGACGAUCUGGCCUAUGGCUUCACUGCUACUAAGCUUGCUGGUGGCACCGAGGCCAGCUGGUGCUGUGCUUGCUAUGCUCUCACCUUUACGACCGGUCCCGUAAAGGGCAAGAAGAUGAUUGUCCAGUCCACCAACACUGGAGGUGACCUCGGUGACAACCACUUCGAUCUUAUGAUGCCUGGCGGCGGAGUCGGUAUCUUCGACGGAUGCACCUCUCAGUUCGGAAAGGCCCUCGGUGGUGCCCAGUACGGCGGCAUCUCCUCUCGAAACGAAUGUGAUAACUUCCCCGAGCUGCUCAAGGAUGGGUGCCACUGGCGAUUUGACUGGUUCAAGAACGCCGAUAAUCCUGACUUCACCUUCGAGCAGGUCCAGUGCCCCAAGGAACUCCUUGCCAUUAGUGGUUGCAAGCGUGACGACGAUUCCAGCUUCCCUGCCUUCAGUGGCAACACCACACCCAGCAAGGCCAAGCCCAGUGGUAAGAAGACUACUGCUGCUUCUCAGCCUCAGAAGACCGAGCAGGCUGUCCCUGUUGUUCAGAAGCCUUCUACCAAGGCUUCUGAGAAGCCGGCUGCUACUAAGCCCGCCUCUGAGCCUGUUGUUCCCAAGCCGGUUGUUUCCAAGCCUGCUGUCUCCAAGCCUGCCGCCGCGAACCCCACCAAGGUUGUCAACAAGCCCAAGUCAACCUCAAAGGUCGGUGGAACCAAGACUCACAAAAGUUGUUCUGCCACCAAGCCUACCAAGCUCGCUGCUCCUCAGAAGUCUGCUGUCGCUAUGUACUACCAGUGCGGUGGCUCCAAGUCCGCCUACCCCGAUGGCAACCUCCCUUGCGCUUCCGGAAGCAAGUGUGUCAAGAUGAACGAUUACUACUCUCAGUGUGUCCCCAACUAA